AUGACGCCCUCGGACUCUUCCUCUACUGAGCCUGAGAACGAUGUCUUUGCAUUCGACCCCACAUUCGUUCCCGAACGCGAGAACAAAGCCGCAGCAACUACAAGCAUAACCUUCGACAACCUCCUCCCUACGAACACACCUCUCCUCCUCCACGAAGAUCUCCAAGAAGGAUGCGGCGGUCAACUCUGGCCUGCAGGCAUGGUCCUGUCAAAGUACAUGCUCACAUAUCACAAGACAGGGUCCUUACCUGGCAAGUCGAUUAUCGAGAUCGGCGCAGGCGGAGGCCUCGUCGGACUAGCAGUCGCGUUGGGCUGUGAGGUCGACAGCAGCAAGCCAAUCUACAUCACCGACCAGAUUCCCAUGCUUGCACUGAUGCAGAAGAACAUUGCACUGAACAAUCUCCACGGGCGAGUGCAGGCGGAAGUCUAUGAUUGGGGCACACCACCCCCAGAGAGUAUCCUUGCUGAAGGAGAACAUCCUCAGGUAGUUCUCGCUGCGGACUGUGUGUACUUCGAGCCUGCGUUCCCAUUGCUGCUCAAGACACUUAAAGAUUUGAUCGGUCCAGCGACGAUGUGUUAUUUCUGUUUCAAGAAAAGGCGCAAAGCAGACAUGCGAUUCAUAAGGGAUAUGAUGAAGACGUUCGAUGUCGAACAGGUGGUGUAUGACGGGCGGGAGGCUGACCAACGUGAGGGCCUAUUCUUGUAUCAAGUCCAACAGAGACACAAAAGGCAGUCACAUUGA